AGACUAGACAUUUCUCUAAAACAAGAUUUGAACAACAAACAUAACUAUGGCAGAGGGAUCGGAGGCUUCAGGCUCAGGACAAAAUAUAACUACAAAAAAUUACAAGAUCUUCAAUGAUUCUGUCCAUGGUCAUAUUAAAAUGCAUCCUCUCCUAGUAGAAAUCAUUGACACACCAGAGUUUCAGCGCCUGAGAAACAUCAAGCAGCUAGGAGGAGGCUAUUAUGUCUUUCCAGGAGCAUCUCACAACCGUUUUGAGCACUCCAUCGGCGUGGCUCAUCUGGCAGGGGAACUUGUGCGUAGUCUCAGAGGAAGUCUCAGGGGAACAGAAGAAAAGACUGCAGAAGAUUCAAACGAUGAACUAUGUGUUCAGAUUGCUGGAUUAUGUCAUGACCUGGGUCAUGGACCUUUCUCUCAUGUAUUUGAGAUUUUCAUGAAGGAGGCAAAAGUAGAGUGGAAGCAUGAAGAAGAAUCCGUCAAAAUGUUUGAACAUUUGAUCAAGAGGAAAACCAAAAAGGGCGAUAAAACAAUUGAGGAAAUCAUGAACGAUGACUAUAAUUUAGAUCAUAAUGACAUUAUGUUUAUUAAGUCACUCAUCAACACUGAUCAUGAUCUGCAAACCACCGACAGAAAAAGAGGACAGGAAAAGUCCUACUUGUAUGAGAUUGUGGCUAAUAAACACACAGGUAUUGAUGUGGACAAAAUGGAUUAUUUUGUCAGAGAUUGUCAUCAUCUGGGGAUGAAAAGCAACUUUUCCCAUGAGCGCUAUGUGAUGUUUGCACGUGUUUGCACCAAUGAGGAAAAUAGAAAGCAGAUUUGCAUGAGAGAUAAGGAGGCACUGAACAUGUACGAACUUUUUCAUGUUCGAUACUUGCUUCACCACAAUGCCUACCAACACAAGGUUAAAGUGGCAGUCGAAAUGAUGAUUGUUGAUGCACUUUUGGCGGCUGAAAAGGACUUCACGCUAGAAACUGAUGGUACAGAGGGAGGCAAGAAAAUCUCUGAGGCAGCAAACGAUCCAGAAAUAUUCCUGAAACUCACAGAUGAUAUUCUUCAAGAAAUAAAACUCAAGUCAGAACAUGCCAGGGUCAUCAUUGAGAAAAUUGAAAAACGUGAUCUUUACCACUGUGUUGGUAGCAAAAUCUUCCAGCCAGAUGAGCUAGAGAAUAUGAAUGAUUCAGAACAGCAAUUGAAACUGUUGAAAAUCUGGCUGAGAUGCCUCCGAAGGUCUUCAGAAGAACGCAAACUCCUUGCAGAAAACUUCAGAGUCAGAGCCAUUAAAAUUGAUUAUGGAAAGAAAGAGGAAAAUCCCAUUGAUUCUCUCAGAUUCUACAGUAAAGAUGAGAAUAAUAAAGCAGUAAAACUGUCUGCAAAUGAGCUGACGGGAGUCCGGCGAGGGCCACCAGGUGCACGGCUUUGGUGA